AUGGCUUCCAUCGUCUUCUUCCUCCUCCUCUCUUUCUCUCUACUCUCCGCCGGCAAACCCCUUCCCAAAUCCACAAUUUUCCGGCCACGCCUCACCUCUGAUCCCACCACCACUAAUGACAUCUCACCCACCACUUACUUUGAAGUAACAAAACCUAUCCAACUCCCAAACACAAAACCCUACUCAAAACUUGUUUUACAGCAUGAUUUUGGAUACACUUAUGGGAGUCCACCAGUUCUCGCAGAAUAUACCCCACCGGCGAAUUACCCAUCAAAUGAUUUUGCCAAAAUUGUUCUUGAAUGGACAGCUACUUGUAAAGGUCGCCAAUUCGAUCGGAUUUUUGGGGUUUGGCUCGGCGGUGUUGAGCUGCUCAGGAGCUGCACAGCUGAGCCGAGAGCCACUGGGAUUGUUUGGACUGUCAAGAAAGACAUUACUAGGUAUCAUUCUUUGCUUAUGAACAAGCAAACACUUGCUGUUUAUUUGGGAAACAUUGUUGAUGAUACUUACACUGGGGUUUACCAUGUGAAUGUUACUGUUCAUUUUUAUCCUGCUGAGAAGAAAAUGAAAAUGCCGGUUAAUUCAGAUCAUUUACAUAAUCAAUGGGCUGAUUUGAUUAUACCCAUUUCAAGGAGCUUGCCUUUAGACGAUGGGUUGUGGUUCGAAAUUGAGAAUUCCACUGAUGUAAAGUCAAAGAAGUUUGUGAUUCCUCAAAAUGCAUAUAGGGCUCUUCUUGAAGUUUACGUAUCGUUUCAUGAAAAUGAUGAGUUUUGGCCUACGAAUGUGCCUAAUGAGUACAUUUCUGCUAAUAAUUUGACGGGUUUUCCUGGUAAUGGACCAUUUAGGGAGGUGGGGGUAAGUUUGGAUGGUAAUGUAGUUGGUGCAAUUUGGCCUUUUACGGUAGUUUAUACAGGAGGUGUUAAUCCUUUAUUGUGGAGACCGAUUACUGGCAUUGGGUCGUUUGAUCUCCCUUCGUAUGAUAUCGAGAUCACCCCAUUUCUUGGAUCGAUUUUAGAUGGUGAAUCCCAUGAUUUUGCUUUUAGGGUAAGAAAUGCUUUGAAUGUUUGGUACAUAGAUGCAAAUUUACAUGUGUGGUUGGAUGGAAAGAGUGAGAAGACAAAUGGGAAGUUUUUGAUGCAGAAGAUUUCUCCUCUUCAUGUUUCUUUGGAAUCUAAUUUUACGGGUUUGAAUGGAACUUUCGUUACUAAGGUUAACAGGUCCAUAAAGUCAAGUGGGUGGGUACAAUCUUCGUUUGGGAAGAUAGUAACUGAAUCAACUCAAGAAUUUGAUUAUAGUAAUUUCAUGGUGAUGAGGAAAGAUGGGGAUUCACAAAUUGUUAAUCAGAUGAUUAAUUUUAAUGACAGUGUGUAUGCCAAGAUGCCAUCUUCCGUUCUUUCCAAGAAAUCUUUAAAAUCAUUUUCCUUUUACAUAUUCUCGGAUACAGUGGAGAAAGGAAAGGGAAGUUAUUCUGAGAUAGCAAAUAUUACAUUGGGUUUCAAUGAGAAAAAGAUCGAUGAUUUAGGUUCUAAAUCUUCAUCCAGCGUUCUUGAAAACUUACAAAAUGGUCAGGGAUCGAUGCUUGUGAAGGGAAACUUAGUGGUUAGUGGUUUGGGGAGUACACAACAGAUGUACAAUUAUGGUGAUGAUAAAUUCUGUUACUUUAGGGACAUAAGCAGCUCAAACUACACAAUUAUAUAUGACAAAGAAGGCAGUACGUGCAGUAAAAGGAAAAAAUCAAGAUUCGAUUUUGCAAUGGGUAAACGCUGGCCUUUCCCUGCUCGAAGAGCUUUAAAAGCAUCUGAUCGUCAUGCAAUGUAAAGGGUCUCAUCAAGAUUCAACUUUGCUAUCUUUUCAUGCUUUAUGGAAGCGGGUUAUCCUAAGUGUUUGGAUUUAUUUGUAUUUUUCUUCUUCUUGAUGUGACUGUAUCAUUGUCUUCGAAACAUGUUCUGCAUGAAUUAGAUUUAUGAGCAUUUUGUUUAUAAUUUCAUGGGUAAUGGAAUAUGGGUUGCAGCUU